CAAUACCUUUUGUUUACUCCAUUUCUAAUACCUUAUUUGGAAACUCUUAAUAUUUUGCUUAUUAUAAUAAUUCAUGCCAUAGAAAUCUUCUAAAGACUAUAAUAUUUCUUUUUCGUGCAAAUGAUUGAACAUUAAUCUUUUAGCAAUUAGUAUCGCAGAGUAGCAAAGUGAGCUGCAUAUUCUUCAAUGGCGGACUGGAUGAUAGGGCCAAGGCUAUGCAAUUGUUACAAGUGUGGAAACAUGGUAUGCCGUCACGAUGAUAUUAUUUCUAAAAUCUUUCAGGCAAGCCAUGGCAGGGCAUUCCUGUUUACCCAUGUUCAAAACGUUGUUGAUGGUCCAGAGGAGGAUCGGCAGCUUAUCACCGGUGUCCAUACUCUGACAGAUGUCUACUGCUCUGAUUGUGGAGAGUUGUUGGGUUGGAGGUACAUAAAAGCUUAUGAGGAAUUAUAGAAGUACAAGGAAGGCAAAAUUGUGUUGGAAAGAUUGAAGUUUGCCAAGGAGAGUUGGCAGCCCCUUGAUUUUCCUCUUAUUGUUGUUGAUGCAAGUCAUUUGAUGUUUUUAAGCUGUUCAUUUCUGCACAGGAAA